AUGAGUUAUAUCCACCCCACAUGGCACUAUGGCCAACAUUCCUCCGGUCUGCCGAUGGAACAUUCCUACAACUACGAACCCUCUAUGAUGCCUCCACCUAUGAUGCAUCAUCAUUCUACUGAUGGAUAUCUCUACCCUCAUCCGCCCAUGGAGAUGAUCGAUUAUUAUCACCAACCAAUCAUGGACUACGAUGAAUACACAGAGAACCUAUCCCGCCCCCGUUUGACUAAGGAGCAGGUAGAGACUUUGGAAUCUCAAUUUCAGGCGCAUCCCAAGCCCAGCAGUAAUGUUAAGCGCCAAUUAGCAGCUCAAACAAAUCUGAGCUUGCCGCGCGUUGCAAACUGGUUCCAAAAUCGUCGCGCCAAAGCCAAGCAACAGAAACGCCAGGAGGAAUUUGAGACCAUGCAAAAAGCUAAAGUCGAGGCUGAGGAAGCCUCCCGUCGCAAGUCAGAGACCUUGGAUCAGCUCGAGUCCCGACAGUCUUCUUCCACAGUCAAGGAGGAACCCGAGAGGUCUCCUACUCCUAAACAGCAACCCGCCACUUCAACAUCUGAGAGCGCAACAAGUACCCAUGCCAGUACUAGUGCCAGUCGGAAGCACCAAAAGACCAAGAGCGAUACUGCCCGAGAGGCAACAUUUGCAUCCCUCCAGCGUGCUUUGAAUGCCGCGGUUGCUGCCCGGGAGCGCUUCUCUCAUCAGGAUUCCCUUGGCCAACAUCAGACUCCAUGCGAGGAAGAGUCAGUCUCUCCUACCUCGAUGGCCCCGCCCAAGGCUAUCCAAUGCACGCAGGAGACCAAGGUGCUUCCAUAUCAUUCAUCUUAUCAUGAUUGGCCGGGUAUGAAGGAGGACUCUCAUUCGUGGGCAUCAGCCCAUGGACAUGCAGAUACCUCACUCUCGCCUGCUAGCCAAACCAUGGUGGCGUCAAGAUCUUCCCACUCGGCGCAUCAAAAUGUAGACUCAUACUCGGGAGCUCAGUAUGCCCCUCGGUCGGAACAGCAAAUGGGAUUGAUAGGCUCCGAUACUGGUCUAGGAUAUAGCAACAUGCAAUAUCCAAUGUCCAUGCCGGAAAUCUCAGUCAACCGACGUGAGUCAUCAUGCACGCUCACUGCGUCUCUAGAGGGUAUUGGAAUCUCCACUGGUUCACCACCUACCAGUCAGGCGGAAGGAUCGUGGAAGGAGUCGGGCAAGGAACUUGACCUUGCUGCUCGGCGCAAGCGUCCGCGUCCUGCGGCUAUUGGCACUGCCAAUACCCCUACUCUGUCUGCUUCCACCUCCAUGACUUCGCUCUCACCUUCGAGACGCAUGUCCAACUCGGGUGCUGGAAACUCGAUGAGGCAUACUAAAUCCGCUCAGUGUCUCAGCUCCCGUUAUGCCGGUGUGCGCAAGGUGUCGGCUACACAACGAUCUCCUUUAAACUUCACAUUUGCUGAAGCUGUAUCCAUGAAGCCGAGCAAGGCUGACAUGCUCCGCACUUCGGUCUCGUCGAGCUCAUUGGUUCCUCCGACACCGUUGACACCCCAAGACUUCCAGCACUUGGUCCCUGCUUCGCCGACCGAAAGCAACUACUGCUUGCCUGCUCAGUCAAAUAACCAGUUCUACCCUCCCUCUCAUUCCAUGCAAGUCAAUAUUGCCUCGCCUCCCGCAACGCCUAUGGACAUCUACUCCCCGUUCCCGUAUCAGAAUGUCGGUCCGCCAAUCUCGGCUCCGGCUCAUCUCAGCUGCUUCCCCGAGUAUGUCGGCUGUGAUCAGACUCGGAGCUGGGCAGAUAAUGCAUCCAACUCAUCUCCCGAAUUCCACUCUAGCAUGCAAGUGACACACCCGAGUACCGUGUCCCCCAUUCCCUAUGAUUCUGUCGAGCAUCAUGGCCAGGGCUACGCAAUGGAGUCGGUGUCUGCUUCUCCGUCCUUGAUCUACUCGAUCGAGGAUGCCGACAUGGCUGUCUCGGAUGGGGAAAGAAAAGUGUCUGAUUAUAUGAUGCACGAGUAUCACGAGCAACAGGAGACCAACCACUUUGGUCACCUACAGUCGGCUCAUAAGCCCAAGGCCUACACGUUUGCGAACAACGCAACGUUGAGCAAUUUCCCUUGA